GCCGGCCGCCGGCAGAGGCCAGUGGCCUGGAGGGAUGUUCCUGUGGAGGCUUAUCCUUGGAGUCCCAAGUCGCGCGGAUGGUUGCUGUCUCGUAUGAUGCGAAGGGCAUCCGAUCGUUGGAGAAAUAUGCGAAAGAGAUCUUCUCUUGCUACAGUUGGAGCGACUUCUACUACAAGUUGCCCCCCGGAGGCAUUAUCGGGCGUGUCCUCAACAAAGUAUCGUGGAGUACUCCGACUGCCCUCGUCGGAAGAUGUGCUAUGCGGCCGCAGAUGUGCACGGUGACCUUCAGUGGGGCCACGAACUUGAAUUUUGUCGCGGGCAUCAUGGACUACGGCCCUGUUCAGCUGUUCCGGAACCAAAGCGGGGAAAUCGAGGCGCGGAUGGGCAAAAUCCCUCUGAAGGACCCCUCCGAAACUGUGCCGCACCACCGCUUCCACAAGUUCUACUGGGAGGUCUACAAGGUCUUCCGGAGCCAGAUCGGCCAUGAUGUGGUGGCAGCCCUCCAUGACUGCAGCGAAAUAUAUGUCUCAGGCCACUCCAUUGGGGCCGCCUUGGCAUCCGUUUUCCAGUGGGAGCAUCUUGAGCGGGGGAUCUUUCAGCUUACCAUGGGUCAGAAUGUGGCGUGGUUCGGCCAGCCACCGGAUGUUAGCUGCCGGGGAAAGCGGCUCUAUGGCGAUCAAGACCCCGUGCCCUACCUCAGAUGUUUCGUGGACAAGUUCGACGGCGAGGUCGUCCGGCAUGCGGCCGUACCGGGUCAGAAGCUCGUUUACGACAGCCACGACAAGAGCUACAAGGCUAACACACUGACCGGCUGCUAUUCGGACCUCCCGAUGGACGGGGCCUGUGUCAAAGGUUGCAACCCUCUCGGUGCACACUACAACGUGCGAAUAGCAAUGGGCCUGUCAUGGCAUCAAGCCUCCGAGUACAUCAAAGCCACGGACAGCGCUUUCCCCACGACCUCGGAAUCCGAAGUCGCGAGCUUGGCUUAUUCUCCAAGCUGA